AUGGGUCUGCUCCUACCCCUGCUGCUCUGCAUCUUGGCCACGUGCUGCAAUACUAGAUCUGUGCCCCUGCAGGUCCCCAACUUUUCUCUUUUCCACUCCCAUGACUGCAAUGACACACGCGUGCUGGAUAUAGUGGGACUUGCCCUGAAGAGCAUCAACGAUGACCGAAAGGAAGGCUAUGUGCUGAGCCUCAACCGAGUGAGAGAUGUCCAAGAACACAGACAGGAUGGUCUGGGAUCUCUAUUCUAUCUCACACUGGACGUGUUGGAGACUAAAUGCCAUGUGCUCACCAAGAAAGCAUGGAGCGAUUGUGAGGUGGGGUUGCUUCAUGAAUCGGUUUAUGGUAAAUGCAAAGCAAUACUUUAUGUUAACUUACCAAGAAGAAUUGUUUAUUUACCUGCUUAUAACUGUACUCUUCGCCCAGUUUCUCGAAGAGAGAUUGCUUUUAUUUGUCCCGACUGUCCCAUAUCACCUUCCGUUGUUGACAUGUCGGAUCCCAGAGUUCUGGAAGCUGUCACUGAGUCUCUUGCAAAAUUCAACAAUGAGAGCACCAAGCAAUAUUCUUUAGUCAAAGUCUCCAAGACUUCUAGCCAGUGGGUGUUUGGCUCCUUCUACUUUGUGGAAUAUUUAAUCAAAGAGUCACCAUGUACCGAAUCCCCAGCCAGCAGUUGUGCGCUUCAGCCCCCUGACUCUGCGCCUGUUGGUCUUUGCAAAGGUUCCCUGAUUGACCAAGUCAUUAAAAAGGAUGUCUCCGUGACUUGUAACUUCUUUGAAUCACAGGCUUCCACCUCUGAAGACAAAAAUUCUACAGAACCCACCUACUCACCUACCAAAGCUGGGCCCAGAGGAUCUGUCCAGCACCUCCCUAACUUGACUGAUGAGAUGCCUGAAGAAUCCCUAAAAACAAGUCCUGUUGAGGCCUUCCCUGUACAGCUGGAUCUAACCACAAAUCCCCAGGGAGAAACCCUCAAUGUUUCCUUCCUCUUCCUGGAGCCUAUGAGUGAGAAGCUGAUUGUCCUACCUUUCCCCAAAGAACAACACUCUGCUAAGUGCCCAGGACCAGCCAAGAAUGCAAACCCUCUUGUUCUCCCACCAUGA